AUGGAUGGGGUUGGGGAGCGGGCAGGGCAUGAGCUAGGGCGCAGGGAUGGGGCCAGGCUGGGCUCUGUUGGUGGCUGCGAAGCUGGGAACUCUGCUGCUGACUGCUGUGUAGCACCCUCAUCAACCAGGCAGGCGUGCGCCUGCGUCACCGUCCGCUGCUCGGGCACGCAUGACGGCCGCCCGCCGCCGCUGCCCCGCGCAGGCGGCCCCGAGAGCUCGCCGCUGAAGCCGGCCUCCGCGGCGCCUGCGCCCGAUGCGGCGGCGCGCGUGGCGCGCAAGCCCAUCAACUGGACGCGCGGCGAGCUUGUGGGGCAGGGCGCCUUUGGCUCUGUGUUUGUGGCGAUGGACAACGACACGGGGGAGCUGAUUGCGGUGAAGCAGGUGCACAUCCCGCGCGGCGGCGGCGUGCACGCCAAGAAGGUGGAGGACAACAUUCGGUCGGUGGAGGAGGAGGUGCAGCUGCUGCAGCAGUUUGACCACGACAACAUCGUGCGCUACCUGGGCACCGAGAAGACCGACGGCGCGCUCAACAUCUUCCUGGAGUAUGUGCCCGGAGGCUCCAUCGCCUCCCUGCUGGCCAAGUUUGGCUCCUUCAAGGAGAGCGUGAUCCGGGUGUACACCAAGCAGAUCCUGCUGGGCCUGGAGUACCUGCACAGCAAGGGCGUGAUGCACCGCGACAUCAAGGGCGCCAACAUCCUGGUGGACAACACGGGGCUGGUCAAGGUGGCCGACUUUGGGGCCAGCAAGAAGCUAGAGGACCUGGUGACCGUGGCUGACGGCAACAAGUCUGUCAAGGGCACGCCCUACUGGAUGGCUCCCGAGGUCAUCACGCAGACGGGGCACGGGCGGCAGGCCGACCUGUGGAGCGUGGCGUGCACGGUGCUGGAGAUGGCGACGGGGCGGCCGCCCUGGAGCACGCAGUACCCCAGUCAGGUGGCCGCCAUGUUUCACAUCGCCUCCACCAAGGGACCCCCCGAGAUCCCGCAGCACCUGUCUCCCGAGUGCAAGGACUUUCUGUACCUGUGCUUCAACCGCGACUGGAAGGCGCGCCCGCUGGCCUCCACCUUGCUGCGCCACCCCUUCCUG